AUGGCUGAAAUUCGGCCUACAGAGGUCGCAGUCGCACCCGCGUUUGAUGCGGCUGGCCCGGCUGUGACUGCUCCUGCGACGCUUUAUCAGCGCGAUCUUUUCGGUCGCCAAAACAACUACGGUUCCUGUGGCUACUAUUCUCUCGUGGGCAGCGAUUGGGCUACCUGGAAAUGCGGCGAAGAGAAUGCCUGGACUACGACCUGCAAAACCAUCGGCUCGCACUUUGGUUGCUUCGAGAAUAUCUUCACGACAUGCUAUCCCCGCGCAUCUAGCUGUGAUAGUACAGACCCGCGUGCCCUUUGUUGCACCGGGGUUGUUAAUGCGGACUAUCCCUAUUGUGCGACAGGCAUCAAGGCCCUGGAAGACGGCGACGAGCUUUCUAUAUACCUUUGUGGAAAAUCCGAACAACAGGUUCCCUUCUACGACUCAACAGUUAUUAAGGUAACAACGGGUAGUACAACUGAAGAACAAACUAUUACCAGUAUUGAUACCACCAAGGGCGUCACCAUUGUCACCAAGACAGCUGAGCCCUCACCUGAGCCGGGUAACCAUACCCCAAUCGGAGCCAUCGUUGGAGGCGUCAUCGGCGGUGUCGCGCUCAUCGCCAUCUUGGGCCUGGCCUUUUGGUUCCUUCGAAGCAAGAAGCCGCAGAACAACGAGGUUGCUACGGCGCCUGCGCCUGCACCUGGAGUCCCCCCUCAACAAUACCAGCAGCAGAUGACCUACCAACAAGAUGUGCCUCCUCCCGUCAUCUACGACUACAACAACAACAACUACGCCGGCUAUCCCGCUCAGGGCUCCCCGCCUCCUCCCAGUGAUCCAAGAUACAGCCAAAUGUUCGUGGACGUCACAGGUUCUCCACAUCAGAGUCCUCCCAUCGAGCCAUACAAGACGGUUGUAUCACCUGUUUCCGAACUUCCUAUCGCUUCUUCACCUCAUGACAGCACUCCCAUGUCUGAGUUACCCGCUGAGAUGGGAAAUUCAAGGGACCCAAUGCCAAGGUAG